GCCCCCUUCGGCCCGCUUUUUGGAGCAUUUCCGGGCCCCGAACCCAGGACUUGCUUUGGGAAGAAUCUUUCCUUGUGUCGUCCCCGUCGGAUUGAUACGUUUUGUGCUAAAUUCUGGGGUGCUGAAACUUGGAUCGCUUCACAACCUAAUUCAAUUUUUAGUAAUUAGUUCCUCUUUUACAGCCCUACGAGUUGAUGGCAACUCCAUCAUCUCAAAAGAAAAAGGAAGGGAGGAAAGAAUAAAGGACAGUGAGUGUCAAGUCAAGAAAAAGAUGACACGUGAAUUGUGGAAAUCGCGUUUCCUUUAAUGCGUUGGUACAGUGUCUCGUUUUGCUUUUUAAAUGCCGUAGUCCAAAGAAUAUGGCAAUAACAAGUGACUAGAACUGCAACAUGAUGAGCAUAAUCUGCAACAUGUCCUUAGCUGUACUGAUCAUUAUAGCUUUCUCCUGCUACAAUUCAAUUGUCGCAGCACCAGCACCUUCUAAACAGUCAGAGGCAAGUGCGCUUCUCUACAGCAAGUGGUGGUCUCCCUCCGUCAUUGACAACACUACCUUACCUCAUUGCGCGUGGCCCGGGGUAUUGUGCGAUGCCUCUGGGAGCAUCGACGGGAUUCGCUUGCCAUAUGGGUACCAAAUAGGAGGUAAUUUUAGCAACAUGAACUUCUCUCUACUUUCGAGACUCACCUCUCUUGAUCUCUCUUCUAACGGACUAGCCGGAAAAAUCCCCCUUCAAAUAUGUACUCUGUCGAGGCUAACUUACCUUGACUUGUCCUUCAAUUCCCUCACUGGCGAGUUGCCUCCCUGUGUCCAAAACCUCACUAGGCUUCAAGUUCUUUGGAUCAGUUAUAAUCACAUCAGUGGCUCUAUCCCUCCUGAGGUGGGAAAUUUGGAGAGAUUGACCGACUUGAAUCUCGAGUUCAAUUUGCUUAAUGGUGCAGUCCCACUGACUAUUGGUUGCUUGCACAAUUUACAAUCCCUUAGAUUUAGCUCAAACAAUUUAAGUGGCUCUAUCCCUCUUGAGCUUGGGAACCUUGCAAAAACGAAUGUUGUUGAUUUAAGUUUCAACAACUUCACUGGUCCCAUUCCAUCCUCUAUAGGGAAUUUGACAAGCUUGACUUAUCUCUAUUUGCAACGAAACAGACUUGGUGGAUCUAUUCCUCUCGUAAUAGGGAAUUUGACGAGCUUGACCGAUCUCUAUUUGCAAAAAAACCAACUCGGUGGAUCUAUUCCCCUUCAAAUGUGUACUCUGUCGAGGGUAACUCACCUUGACUUGUCCUUCAAUUCUCUCAUUGGCGAGUUACCUCCCUAUGUCCAAAACCUCACUAGGCUUCAAGUUCUUCGGAUCAGUUAUAAUCACAUCAGUGGCUCUAUCCCUCCUGAGUUGGGAAAUUUAGAGAGAUUGACCGACUUGAAUCUCAAGGUCAAUUUGCUUAAUGGUGCAAUCCCAUUGACUAUUGGUUGCUUGCACAAUUUACAAUCCCUUCGAUUUAGCUCAAACAAUUUAAGUGGCUCUAUCCCUCUUGAACUAGGGAACCUCGCAAAAAUAAAUGUUGUUGAUUUAAGUUUGAACACCUUCACUGGUCCCAUUCCGUCCUCUAUAGGGAAUUUGACAAGUUUGACUUCUCUCUAUUUGCAACGAAACAAACUUGGUGGAUCUAUUCCUCCGGAAAUAGGGAAUUUGACAAGCUUGAAUUAUCUCGAUUUGCAAGGAAACCAACUCGGUGGAUCUAUUCCUCCGGAAAUAGGGAAUUUGAUGAGCUUGAUUAGUCUCAAUUUGCGAGGAAACCAACUCGAUGGAUCUCUUCCUCCAAAAAUAGGGAAUUUGAAGAACUUGGCUUAUCUCGAUUUGCGAGGAAACCAACUCAGUGGAUCUAUUCCUCCAGAAGUAGGGAAUUUGACGAGCAUGACUUAUCUCUAUUUGCAAGAAAACAAACUCAGUGGAUGUAUUCCGUCACAAAUAGGCAAUUUGAAGAGCUUGGUCGCGCUGAAAUUACAUGAAAAUAGAAUUCAUUGUGCCAUCCCAUCGAACAUAGGAGAUUUAAGGGAUCUCCGACAGCUAGAUUUGAGCUCGAACAACUUGGUCGGGGAAAUCCCCGUUCAACUUGGGAAACUAGGCUGGUUAAACUAUCUCGAUCUUCACAACAAUUCUCUUUCUGGCUCCAUUCCAGAUAAUCUCAAGGCUAUCUUUCCUAUCUUGCUUUUCUCGGCAACAAAGAUUUGAACCAGUUUCAUGAAACCCAAGCCCCCAGAAGAAGGUCUAGCGUAAUUCAUUAUAUGACGAUAUUCAUUCCACUAGCUGCGAUUUCCUGUAUAGUGGUCGGAUCUUGCUUUCUAUUUCGCUGUGCAACAAAAACAGAGCAACUAGAGACUACAAAAAAAAAUGGAAAUUUCUUGUCAAUAUGGAGUUAUGAUGGGAGGCUUGCAUAUGAAGACAUAAUCGAUGCAACAGAGGACUUCGAUCUCAAAUAUUGCAUCGGGACUGGUGGUUAUGGUAGCGUCUAUAGAGCACGAUUGUCCAAUGGGAAAGUUGUGGCAUUGAAGAAACUUCACCGUCUUGAAGCGGAGGACCCAUCCUUCGACAAGAGCUUUCGAAAUGAAGUGAAACACUUGA